AUGGCCCCUCAACUUCACCGCAACCCCCCUUUCCGUGCUGAGCACUUGGGCUCCCUUCUCCGGACGGACGAGCUGCUGAAGGCUAAAACGGCCUUCGAGAAGGGCGAGCUUUCCGAGUCUGAGCUUCUCGCUAUCGAGAACAAGGAUGUGAAGGAGGUUGCAGAGACCCAGAAGAAGCUGGGCUAUGCGGCUAUCUCGGACGGAGAGUACCGCCGUCACAUGUUCUGGGGUUCAUUCUUCCCCGGACUUGAGGGAUUCAAGGAGGUGCGCGAGGUUGACGCUGAUGUCUUCCGCCCUUACGCCCCCGACAUUGCGGCUUUCCUCGAGGCUGGCCACAAGCCCGGAGAGACCGUUAUCUGCACUGGCAAGAUCAAGCACGUCGGCAGUACUUAUGUCAAGGAGUUCAAAUAUCUGGCCAGCGUCGUUCCCCCGGAAGAGGUCAAGAACCUUAAGAUCACCCUUGCUGCUCCUAACUGGUACCACUUGCGGUACAAGGAGGGCAACGCCUACCCGAAGGACGUGUACAGCUCCGACGAGGAAUACUUCGGUGACAUCGCCAAGGCAGUCCAGGCUGAGUUGCAGGAGCUGUAUGACGUUGGCUGCAGAAACGUUCAGUUCGACGACCCCAACCUUGCUUACUUCUGCUCCGAGAAGAUGCUUGCUGGCUGGAAGGAGGAUCCUCUGAACGUGCGCUCCGCCGACGAAACCUUCGAGCAGUACAUCAAGCUGUACAAUGACAGCAUCUCCAAGCGCCCUGCCGAUAUGCACGUCGGUGUGCAUCUUUGCCGUGGUAACUUUGUCGGUAGCCGCCACUUCUCCGAGGGUGGUUAUGACCGUAUUGCCACCAAGCUCUUCAAGGAGCUUAACGUCGACACCUACUACCUCGAGUACGACACCGCCCGUGCUGGUGGCUUCGAGCCCCUGAAGGAGCUUCCCACAAACAAGAACGUGAUUCUGGGUGUUGUGACCAGCAAGUUCGCCAAGCUCGAGGACAAGGAGGAGAUGAAGAAGCGUGUCUAUGACGCUGCCAAGUUCAUCGCUGAGGGCAACAACAUCUCUCUCGAGCAAGCCCUCAACCAGGUCGGUGUCAGCCCUCAGUGUGGCUUUGCCAGUCACAGAGAGGGAAAUGCCAUUGACCGCGAUGGCAUGAUUUCCAAGCUGAAGCUUGUGCGCGAGAUCGCCAACGAUAUCUGGCCCGGCCAGUUGUAA